AUAAUGUUUUCACAGUUAUUCAAGUGUGAGAGAUUCUAUAUUAACUAUGACAGUUUAAUGUUCUUUUUUCAGUUUUUGUGCAGUCUGAAUUAAAGCCUCUGAAGACUGACUUAAUUUUAGUGUGAUGGGGGAAGAAGAAGAUAGAAUGGCACCCAGACCUGCGACGUCGACUUCACAGCCAUUUUACACGCAUGAGAAUGUAUUUGGAUCUCCAAAUGUCGACCAUGUGAGUAGGCAAGUUGAUGUUUUAUUUUCUAUUAAAGUGUGUUUGACGUGCUUCAAAAAAUAUGUGCAGCAUCCUCACGAGAUGCCCUACCCUCCGCCUAGUAAUUUGGAGGAUUUUAUUAGAGUUGAAGAUUCAUUCCGGAUGCCACCUUAUAAUCAGUACCAGUCGUCAAGUAAUCUGGAAGACUUGGGGCAAGAAACGCCUCCUGCGUCAAUGACACCAAAUAGUGUAGAAGCUGAAUUUGAAGAAAAUGUUGGAAGUUGUCAUGAUGCUGAUGGUAUUAUACUAUGACGGGCUAUGUAUUUAGUGACGCUAAUAUCCAAUUGAUGCUAAUUCAUUCUUAUGUUUCCAUUCAUAGAAAUGUUCUUUGACAUAAAUGAAGAUUUAGAGGGUAGUACUGUUGUCCCGGAUGAUGAGGUACAAGUUGAACCACCAAGACCCGGUAUGGAGUUUGACAGUGAGAAAGAGCUUAUUGCCUACUAUAAGCAGUAUGCCAAGCAAGAGGGUUUUGGCAUAAGGACACAGAGGACUAAAAGAGAUGAUGAUGGGAGGCCUGUGUAUCUGACUAUUGGUUGUGCCCGUGGCGGAAAGUACUAUCCGAAGCCAAACACUAAUAUCUCGAAGCCAAGGGCAACAACUAAAACGGGUUGUAAGGUGAAGGUAAAUGCAACGUUGAACUGUCAUGAGAAAUGGGUUUUCACUACUAUUGAAAAUUCUCAUAACCAUAUUACUUUGAGCCCCAAGAAAAGUAGACUAUUGCGAUCGCACAAGCAUCUAGAUGAAUAUAGUCAAAGGAUCCUCGAGCUGAAUGAUAGAGCCGGUAUACGAAUGCACAAGAACUUUUAUUCUCUUGUUGUUGAUGCGGGGGGUUAUGAGAAUUUGGCUUUCCAAGAGAAAGAUUGUAGGAAUUAUAUUGACAAAGCUAGAUUUUUAAGGUUGGGUAAAGGAGGUAGCGAUGCACUUAAUGAGUAUUUCAAAAGAAUGAGAGAUCAGAAUGAUGGCUUUGUUUCUUACAUGGACGUGGAUGAUGAUGGAAGGCUACGGAAUGUGUUUUGGGCUGAUGCACGGAGUCGAGCCGCCUAUGAGUAUUUUGGAGACGUUGUAUCCUUCGAUACAACAUACCUAACAAAUAGGUACGGUAUGCCUUUUGCUCCAUUCGUUGGUGUUAACCAUCAUGGUCAGUCCAUAUUAUUCGGGGCGGGAUUGCUAUCAAGCGAGGACACACAUAGUUUUGUUUGGUUGUUUAAAAUGUGGUUGGAUUGCAUGAAGGGUAGGGCGCCCAAAGCUAUCAUAACCGACCAAGAUCGAGCGAUGAAGAAUGCGAUUGCUACUGUAUUCCCUGAAACUCGCCAUAGAUAUUGUUUAUGGCAUAUAAUGCGCAAACUUCCAGAGAAGUUAGGAUCGCACGCCAACUUCAACUAUGGGUUGAAAACUGACAUUCAGUCUGCAUUAUAUGAUUCACAAACCACCACAGAAUUUGAGGAGAGCUGGGGUCAACUACUUGCAAAGUACGAUCUGCUCGACAACAAUUGGCUUCAGUCCUUAUAUGAGGAAAGGUCCUUUUGGGUUUCAGUUUUCCUCAAGAGUGUAUUUUGGGCUGGUAUGAGCACAACGCAAAGGUCGGAAAGUAUGAAUGCAUUUUUUUACGGGUAUGUCCAUGCUGGGACGGCAUUGAAGGAAUUUGUUGACCAAUUCGAUAAUGCUCUUAGAAAGAAAGUGGAGGUCGAGACAACUGCUGAUUUCAAUUGUAGCAACCAAACUAUCCCCUGCGUCUCCCCUUUCAACAUUGAGAAGCAAUUUCAAAAAGUCUAUACAAAUGCAAAGUUUAAGGAGGUCCAAAGAGAGUUGAUGGGCCUAAUGUGUUGUAAUUGUUGGUUGGUAAGCACACAAGGUUGCAUUUUAACAUUUGAUGUGUUGGAUGAAAUAUCGUUUGAUGAGCAAACCAAAAGAGUUCAUUACUCAGUUUACUAUAAUGAAGAUGAGUGUGAAGUAAAAUGCACUUGUGGAUUGUUUGAGAUAAGGGGGAUUUUAUGUAGGCAUGCACUUAGAGUUUGUCAGUUGAAAAAUAUUAAUGAGCUGCCAGAUGUAUACUUCUUAGAUCGAUGGAGAAAGGACUUAAAAAGGCAUUACACAUUAAUAUCAAUUUAG